CUCUAACGGGGUGGUAUAUAAAAGACUGUCCGAUUUGAUUUUCAUUCAUCAGUUCUUUUGCAGAACGAACCAAGCUCACUCUUUCCACUCAACAUGAACAAGUUCGUUGUUUUGGCCACGUUGUUCGCUGCGGCUAUCGCUGCCGAGCUUCCAGCUUACUCCAAGUCGUCGUAUCCGGCGCCAGCUCCAGCCUAUCCGGCUCCGGUUCCAGUUCCAACUUACCCUGCUCCAGCUUACACGACUGCAGCGCCAGCUUACCCGACUGAGGCUCCAGCUUACCCUGCUCCAGCUCCAGCUUACCCAGCUCCAGCUCCAGCUUACCCAGCAGUUCCAGCUUAUCCAGUCCCGGCCCCAGCUUAUUCCAAGCCCGCUUACGAACAGCCAGCUUACAGCAAGCCUGUUGAAGAAUAUCAUGCUCCUAUGCCAUUCGACUUCGCGUACGAAGUUAAGGACGAUGCUACUUACCAGGACUUCGCACACAAGGAGACCAGCGACGGCAAAGUCGUCACUGGAUCUUACCGCGUCGCUCUCCCCGAUGGCCGCACCCAAAUCGUCACCUACAAGGCUGAUGAAAAUGGUUAUGUCGCCGACGUGAAAUACGAGGGAGAAGCCAAAUACGACGAAUACAAACCCGCCGCUGCCCCAGCUUACCCCAAGCCGGUCGAGCCCGCCUAUCCUAAAGCAGUUGAACCAGCUUACCCCGCAGCACCGGCCUACCCUGCAGCACCUGCCUACCCCGCAGCACCUGCUUACCCCGCUGCACCAGCCUACCCAGCAGAGCCAACAUACGCCAAGUCUGCUUAUCCUGAGCCAGCGUACUCCAAACCCGCACCAGCCUACUCCGCACCAGCCUACCCCAAGCCCGCUUAUUAGAUCAAAAUUUCCUUUAGAAGUUAGAAUUUCUCAGUGACCCAUGGGCAAUAGCUGUGUAAAAGAUCUAUCUUUGCCCAUCGAAUUCCUUAAACCAUAUAGGACCAAACGGAUAAUGUGUAAUAUAAUCGAAUAAUUCGAAGCGAAAUAAACUAGGUCUUAAAUAAAAGAAAAA